AUGUUUGUGACAAUUGCCCCCAAGUUGUUAAUCCUGGACAGGAAGAUGGUGAUCAAGACCUUCUGGGUGAUGUGUGUGAUAGCAAUGCCGACUUGGAUGGUGAUGGUGUGGAUGACAGUGUGGACAACUGCCCAUCUGUAGCCAACAGUAACCAGCUGGAUGUAGGAUGGUGAUGGUGAUGGUGAUGCCUGUGAUGCAGACAGUGAUAACGAUGGUGUUGAUGACACUACUGACAACUGUGUAAUGAUUCCAAAUCCAGGCCAGGAGGAUGGUAAUGGGGAUGGCCGUGGUGAUGCUUGCUCCACUGAUUUUGAUGGUGACAGAA